CUCAUUGAGAAAUAUUGGCCCAAAUACACCACUGACAUGGUUCCGACAUUACUCACGCCAAAGAUAUUUUGGGAACAUGGUUCGCCAUAAGAUCACCUCUGCCUGUGUCUUGAGCAUGAAUGAGGGUGAACUGACCUACUCCUCUGACCAGAUCGAGCAGCUCCUUCAGUGUUCAGUAUGCCUUGACAGAUACAAGACCCCAAAACUGUUGCCAUGCCAACACACAUUCUGCCACCAGCCAUGUCUUGAAGGUCUGGUUGACCACCGUCUCCGGACAAUACGAUGCCCGGAGUGUCGAGCCGACCACAUCGUCCCCCGGGGAGGGACAGCCAACUUCCCCAACAACCUGACCAUCAUCAGCUUCUUGGAGUUGGCAGGGCAGAGAAGAUCCACAGGGAUCCAGUUCGAGGAGAUCCAGGCCAUCGGGUCCAAUGUCACGGCGGCUAUUGUACCUCAGGGUGCUGGAGCUGUGGGAGGGACUGGAGCCUCGUCCAGUGGAGCCACUUCCACUUCUACGUCCACAAUUACAGGUGGAGCUACCACAUGUUCUGAGUGUUUGCGUGAGCGGAAUAUAUCACGGUGUGCUCAUUGCAAUGACUUGCUUUGUGACAGCUGCAAGAGAGGACAUUUUGAUCGCUAUAAGAAUGAUGUGACUCGCCUCAUAGGUCAGAUCCGACGCAGCCUGCCGAACUUAUCCGAUUCCUUGAGUGGCAUCAGCAGCCAGGGGUCUCAGCUUCAGGAACGAUGCGAGACAGCCAAGGAGGAACUGACUGAAGCUAUUGAGAAGCAUAUACGAGAGUUGAGAAAUAGGCAUAGGGAGUUGUUAGGUGAAAUCGAUAGCUUUAUUCUUGGGGAAUUACGAUCUCUUCGAACGCAUCAGGAAAAUGUUGAAGUUGAAAUUGCAAGUAUUGCAAGUUUUUGUGACUCUUCUGAAGCAAGCAUGAACAGAUCCAGCACCCCUGAGGCUCACAUUAUGGAGGUGAAACAGCAGUGUCUGGAACAUCUCGAGUCACUUCGAAGUAUUGACUCAGGAAGGGUGAGAGCUCCAGUUCUGCGUCAUCUCCAGAUUGAGAUGGAAGGACAGUACCUGUCCAACACUAUUGACAAUUUUGGUGAAGUAAUUGUUACGAGUGGAUUAUCACGGAGUGCUCCAGCAGCUUCUCAGAGAUCGCAAGACCACACAGCCAUCUGGUGGAGCAAGGGCAGAGAGUCUGAAGGUGUGGAGAGAAGAGAAGGUAGAGCAACAUGGCAGAUUCCAGGGUCCAUGGACUAUUCAUUAAGGGUUGCUGAAACAAGAUCACCCUCUGUGUCUCCUAAUCUUGAAAGGCGAGGAGCUGUUGCCAGAGAUUCUAGACUGUCCAGAGUUUCAUUUGAGGAACACAAUGCAGAUGAUGAUGGUGAAAGGAGAAUGUUGGGAAAUCGGUCCCUCCCCUCAUCCCCGCUUGUCGAAGUUCGACGGAGACCUCGGAGGGAGCACCACUCAGAUACACGUAUUGCUGGACUUCUCUCUGGAGGUGAUGGUCUGUCCAUUAUGGAGAGGAACAGAGCGAGGCACAGAAGCAUCGGUGCUCUACCCACUCCUGAUGAAGAAUCUCUUGAUGGGAAUUCAGUAGAAUCUGAUUCGCCUCCCAGAUUUGUUCGAGAACAAACUUAUGUCCGUGACUCCCCAGCUCGCAAUGCUACAAACCAAGCCCCAGAUGGGGCCUGGAAUCGAGGUUCUGUUCGACCAGCUGUACGGUUUGAUGUAGCCAUGAGCCAAUCAGAUGAUCAGUCAAACGGUGAAUCCAGUGGGAACUAUUCUUUCAGUCGGGCCAACGCAAGUCCAAGCAUGUAUGUGUCUUCCCCCAGAAACAAGUACAACCAGAAGGGCCAUGCUGUUCUCAGGUUUGGUGAACGUGGAAAUGAAACAGGAAAGUUUACCUGGCCACGUGGUGUGGCUGUGUCGCGCUUAGACGACAAUAUCUACAUUGCAGACAGCUCGAAUCACAGAGUCCAAGUCUUUGCAGCAGAUGGAAGGUUCCUUAAGACUUUCGGUUCGUAUGGUCAGAACGAGGGAGAGUUUGACUGUCUUGCAGGAAUUGCUGUUAAUGGUCUGAACCAGGUGAUUGUCUCCGACCGCUACAAUCAUCGUAUUCAGAUCUUCGACCGACGUGGUCAGUGUCAAAAUGUUUUUGGUACAGAGGGCACAGGGGAUGGUCAGUUGAACUACCCGUGGGGGAUUGCCUGCGACAAUAUGGGAUUCAUCUAUGUCUGCGACAAGGAAAACCAUCGCAUACAAGUCUUUCAGUCCAAUGGUACCUUUGUGAGAAAGUUUGGCCGGUUCGGUCAGGCGCCUGGUCAGCUGGAGAACCCACAUUAUGUGGCUGUGAGCAAUGAUAAUAAGGUCUACGUCAGUGACAGCAGCAAUCACAGAAUCCAGGUUUUCAACAUUUACGGUGACUUCCUCUUCGUUUUCGGGUCGAAUGGAACUCAGAGAGGCCAGCUGAAAUUCCCCCGUGGUAUAGCUAUCGACAACCAAGGAUUCGUUGUGGUAGCUGACAGUGGGAAUAAUCGAAUUCAGAUAUUUCGAGCUGAUGGAAGGUUCUACACCAUGUUCGGAAGCUGGGGAAACGAGAACGGUCAGUUCAAAGGGCUGGAGGGAAUUGCAAUACAGUGUAACGGAAACGUUAUUGUCAGUGACAGAGAAAAUCACAGAAUCCAGGUAUUCUGAACAUGUAUUGAUUAACAGUGUUCAUGUACAUGCUAACAUUACUGCCAAAUCACAUCAGGAUACAAGAGGUGAUUCUCUUUAUCAGGUUUAUUGGUGUUUUAAUCAUCUUAUCAGUAUUAUCAAGUCUGUGAAGGAAUUUACAGACAUCGCUUUUGGUUUCAGAAAAUGGAACAUAAGAAAUUAUAUCACAUUGAUUCAUUGCAGAUGUCAUCAGAUGUGAAAAUGUAUGUUUGUCUAAAUUUUGUUUAUCAUGCAUGCUAUAUAACUUUAUAUAUCUUUAUUUUAUAUUUUACUUUGUUUGAUUACGACCAGUAAUUGAUUCUCAUAGAUUCUAUGCCACUGAAAAGAAGUGUAAACAGACUGAUUCUUUCAUACAACUAUGAUUGGCUGACUGCAUAUCAAUAUGAAAGGGCGUGGGGUAGCCUAGUGGUUAAAGCAUUGGCUCGUCACGCCGAAG